AUGUUGCAUACCACCUCUAUUGCAGAGCCAAAGAACACCGUCUCCAAGACCGGGAAGGCUGUUGCCACCAACAAGUCAAAGACACCCGCUGUUCAGGAAAGAGAGGAGGAUGGUACUAGCGUCAUUGGACUGGAUCCCUGGCUCGAGCCUUACUCUGGAGGCCUCAAGCACAGAUAUUCGCUGUACAAGGUCUGGAGAGAAAAGAUCGAGAAUGAGGGAGGAUACGAAAAGUUCAGCAGGGGGUACGAACGGUUCGGGUUCACUGUCUCCAAGACGGGUAUCACCUAUCGUGAAUGGGCACCCAAUGCCAAGGAGGCAUUCCUCUUUGGAGACUUUAACGAAUGGAACAACUCGAGCCAUCCGAUGAAAAGAGACAACUAUGGCGUGUACGAGAUCUUUUUGCCCAACAAGGCGAACGGAACCCCGGCCAUCGAACACAACUCUAAACUCAAGAUCACGAUGAUCAAGCCUGACGGUACUCGUAUUGAUCGCCUCCCAGCCUGGAUCAAGCGUGUCACCCAGGACUUGAACGUCUCUCCCACGUACGAUGCCGUCUUCUGGAACCCCGCCAAGAAGUACCAAUGGAAGAACAAGGCCCCCCCGAAGCCCGCCAGUCUCAAGGUCUAUGAGGCCCAUGUCGGAAUUGCGACGCCCGAGGGUCGUGUUGGUCAGUUCACAGAGUUCACCGCCAAUGUCCUCCCCCGCAUCAAGAAGUUGGGAUACAACACCAUUCAGUUGAUGGCCAUCAUGGAACAUGCCUACUAUGCCUCCUUUGGCUACCAAGUCACCAGCUUCUUUGCUGUCAGCAGCCGAUAUGGUACACCUGAGGAGCUGAAGGAGUUGAUUGACACUGCUCAUGGGCUGGGAAUCACGGUUCUUCUCGAUGUCGUCCACUCGCACGCCUGCAAGAACGUUCUAGACGGACUCAACAACUUUGACGGAAGCGAUCACCAGUACUUCCACGAGGGCGCUAAAGGCCGCCAUGACCUUUGGGACUCUCGUCUGUUCAACUACAACAGCCACGAGACCAUCCGCUUCUUGUUGAGCAAUUUGCGCUUCUACAUGGAGGAGUAUCGUUUUGAUGGUUUCCGCUUUGACGGUGUCACCAGCAUGAUGUACCUCCACCAUGGUAUCGGAUACGGAUUCUCGGGCAAUUAUAAUGAGUACUUUGGUGAUACUGUCGAUCUUGAGGCCGUUGUCUAUCUUAUGCUCGCCAACGAUAUGCUCCACAAGCUAUACCCCGAGUCUAUCACCGUCGCCGAAGAUGUGUCUGGUAUGCCAACACUGUGCCGACCUGUCACGGAUGGUGGAGUUGGAUUUGACUACCGUCUCUCGAUGGCCGUCCCAGACAUGUGGAUCAAGCUGCUCAAGGAAAAGUCGGACGAUGAGUGGGACAUCGCCAACAUUGUGUUUACCCUCAUUAACCGCCGACAUAUGGAACCAUCGAUUGCUUACUGCGAGUCGCAUGACCAGGCUUUGGUGGGUGACAAAACGAUUGCGUUCUGGUUGAUGGACAAGGAGAUGUACACCCAUAUGAGUGUCCUCACCGAGUUAACCCCCAUUAUCGACCGCGGUCUUGCCCUCCACAAGAUGAUCAGACUGGUGACACAUGCGUUAGGAGGAGAGGGGUACUUGACGUUCAUCGGCAACGAAUUCGGCCACCCCGAAUGGCUCGACUUCCCUCGCGCAGGAAACAACUCCUCCUUCCACUAUGCGCGUCGUCAAUGGAACGUCGUCGACGAUGAACUCUUGCGGUACAAGUUCCUUAACGAGUUCGACUCUGCCAUGAACAAUGCCGAGGCCCAGAUCGGAUGGCUCCCCGCCCCCCAGGCAUUCGUCUCUCUCAAACAUGAAAGCGACAAGGUCCUUGUCUUUGAUCGUGCCGGAGCCGUGUUCAUUUUCAAUUUCCAUCCAUCAAAGUCGUUUACGGAUUACAGGGUCGGUGUCCCCGCGGCGGGGGAAUACCGGAUUGCAUUGAACACGGAUCAACCGAGGUUUGGAGGACACGAUCGUGUUAGUCAGGAGAGUCAGUUCUUUUCGACGCAGGGGGAGUGGUGUAAUCGGGAGCAUUUCGUUCAGGUUUAUAUCCCUUGUCGUACUGCCCUUGUUCUCGUCAAGAAAAAUUAG